AUGCCGAUAUCUGGCGCAGUGCGGUCUCUCCGGUCGCCCCGCGGCCUCUCCGGUUGCCCCGCGGCCUCUCCGGUCGCCCUGCGGUCAGCCUGCGGCCUUUCCGGUCGCCCCGCGCAAACCUGGAGGCAACUCAACCACAUUUUAGCAAUCUGUGCGCUGGAAGUUGCCUGCGUCUGCGCCUGCGUCUGCGCCUGCAUCUGCGUCUGCGCCUGCAUCUGCGUCUGCGUCUGCAUCUGCGUCUGUGUCUGCGCCUGCAUCUGCUCCUACGUCUGCACCUGUAUCUCUGUCUGCGCCUCCGCCUGCGUCUGCGCCUGCAUCUGCUCCUACGUCUGCACCUGUAUCUCUGUCUGCGCCUGCGCCUCCCCCUGUGUCUGCUCCUGUGUCUGCGUCUGCGCCUGCAUCUGCGCCUGCAUCUGCGUCUGCGCCUGUGUCUGCGUCUGUGUCUGCGCCUGCAUCUGCGUCUGCUCCUGUGUCUGCGUCUGCGUCUGCAUCUGCGUCUGCGCCUGUGUCUGCGUCUGCUCCUGUGUCUGCGUCUGCGCCUGCAUCUGCGUCUGCGCCUGCGUCUGCGCCUGCAUCUGCGUCUGCGCCUGCAUCUGCGUCUGCGCCUGCAUCUGCUCCUACGUCUGCACCUGUAUCUCUGUCUGCGCCUGCGCCUCCCCCUGUGUCUGCUCCUGCAUCUGCGUCUGCGCCUGCAUCUGCGUCUGCGCCUGCAUCUGCGCCUGCAUCUCUGUCUGCGCCUCCGCCUGCGUCUGCGCCUGCAUCUGCUCCUACGUCUGCACCUGUAUCUCUGUCUGCGCCUGCGCCUGCGCCUCCCCCUGUGUCUGCUCUUGUGUCUGCGUCUGCGCCUGCAUCUGCGUCUGCGUCUGUGCCUGCGCCUGCGUCUGCGCCUGCAUCUGCGUCUGCGCCUGCAUCUGCGCCUGCAUCUCUGUCUGCGCCUCCGCCUGUGUCUGCGCCUGCAUCUGCUCCUACGUCUGCACCUGUAUCUCUGUCUGCGCCUGCGUCUGCGCCUGCAUCUGCUCCUACGUCUGCACCUGUAUCUGCAGUGCUUUCUACUGGUGGUCCCCCGUGGAGUUGUGGCACCGCACCUACUCUGCUGUGCGUGUUGGGGUGCAGAUCGAGGCGCAGGGGGAGUGUGAGGCUCCGAUCCAGCAGCCCCCACUGGAGAGCAGAACAGUCCAGUCCCCCCGGCUGCGCAGUGGAGUGCCUGCAGGUCUGAGGUCAGUGUCCUCACCCGCACCAGAACGGCUCCUGCAGCCUUACCGCUGUUCUCAGCUCACAGCCGUGUACCCCGAGCUCACACCCCCGAGCUCACAGCAGUGUACCCCGAGCUCACACCCCCGAGCUCACAGCCAUGUACCCCGAGCUCACAGCACCGAGCUCACAGCCGUGUACCCCGAGCUCACACCCCCAAGCUCACAGCCGUGUACCCCGAGCUCACACCCCCGAGCUCACAGCCGUGUACCCCGAGCUCACACCCCCGAGCUCACAGCCAUGUACCCCGAGCUCACAGCACCGAGCUCACAGCAGUGUACCCCGAGCUCACAGGCCCUAGCUCACAGCCCCGAGCUCACAGCCCUGAGCUCACAGUAG